ACAAUUUUAUUGUAACAAUGUAAGUUUUUAUUUUUUUCUAAAAUUUUAGUAUUAAACUUUUAAGAAACUACAAGUGUGUAAGGUUAAUAAUCCGCACGAUCGCGAUGUAUUUUAUUUACUGGUGUCCGUUUUAGUUUUAAAUUCUAAAAAUUUGACUUAUUACCUAGUUACCUACUAAUAAUUAACUUACAUUUUGAAAACGGAGUGGUCGUUAUUUUGUAAUAUCAUCUUUGGCAAUAACUUGCAAUAAUUACACACAUGUAGCUUGAUAGUGUAUUAAUAUUAAAUACUUAUAUUGUUUAUUAAUUUUUAUUAAUUAAAUUAAGAUGAAUUCCAAUAAACGAAAGGAAUCAAAUAUCGCCCCGAAAAUAACAAAUUUUUUUUGCUCUUUACCGAAGAAAGCCAAGAAAAAUGAUGCAACGAACACAUCAAGAAAUAAAAAUGUGCGUCUUAACUAUAAUACUAGAUCUGAUGAAGAAGAUAACCCAGGAACUGAUGAUUUGGUGCCAGUAAAAUACAAUAAUAUAUCAUUGACCUGUACAGAUACAUCAAGUAAAAAAGGAGAUGAAGAUUAUGUAGGAGUUCAAAAUUUGGAUACAGUUUAUGAAACUUCUCCUUUGGUAAUACAUUUAAAUAUGUAAUUAUUUAUAUGUUGUCAGUACUUAUUACUGUACCUAUAUAUUUUAAUAUUUAGUGUUAACUAUGUAACAAUUAGUAAAUUUAAAUUAUAUUAUUGACGUUUAAUGUGAUUUUAGGUUACAGCAUGGCCUUCAGAAUGGACUUUUGAACAAUGGCAAGCAAAAAAUAAUGCUUAUCCGUGGUUGAUUUGUGCCAAUGGUAAAAUUGGAUGUUCAGUUUGUCAAGAAAUUGGUAAUAUUUACAAUUUUAAGAAUAGUUUUGUUGAAAUAUCACCAGAGUGGGCUCAGUGUAGCGUAAGUGGAGGAACCAGUUGUGAUAAAAAAACAAGGCUUACUGUUUUUCGCAAUAAAAUAAAAAAACACAGAACUUCAUUAGCUCAUAAAUCCGCCACUAAUAUUAUGCACGAAAAGAAUUCUGACAAUCUAACAAAACAAUUUGAGAACAUUUUUCUUAAAAUAAAUAAAUCUACAGUUACAAUUUUCCGUACAGCAUAUUAUAUUUCUAAAAACAAUAGGCCUUUUAGUGAUCAUUCAAAGCUUCUUGAAUUACAAAAUUUAAAUGGUAUCAACACUGGAAUAACUCUCCAAUCACGGUUUUCAUGUACUCAGAUUAUAGCUCAUAUAUCCAUGAAAAUGAAGGAAAAAAUUGUGAGUAAUAUUGUUAAAUCUGGUUCAAAAAUAUCUGUUUUAAUUGAUGAAUCCACAACAUUAAGCACUUUAUCUACAAUGGUAGUAUACAUUAAAACAUCAAUAUCAUCGGAAGACCCAAUUUCAAUUUUUUUGGACCUUGUUGAGCUUAAUCUACAAACAGCAGACAAUAUUGUUAAUCAGCUCAUUGAUUGCCUGCAUAUAUCUGGAUUUGAUGAUAACUUUUUAAAAAAUAAUUGGAUUUCUUUUGUUAGCGAUGGUGCAAGUGUUCUUGUUGGUAAAAAAAAAGGAGUGGCCAAACAACUGAAGAGAAAAUAUCCUUUGAUUUUCAGCUGGCAUUGUUUGAACCACAGACUUGAAUUAGCAGUAAAUGACACUAUGAAGGACUUGAAUGCUAUAAACCAUUUUAAAUCAUUUAUUGAUUCAUUAUAUGUUUUGUACAACAAUUCGCCAAAAAACAAAAAUGAAAUUAAAGAAAUUUGCAGUGAGUUGGAUAUUAUUUUUCUAAAAAUUGGAAGGGUUCUUGACAUAAGAUGGGUUGCUAGUAGCUGGAGAGCUGUUCAGGCAGUGUGGAGAACAUUCCCUGCUUUAUGCAAACAUUUUUUAUCUUCAUCAACUGAUACAACAAAAGACUCAAAAUCUAGAUCAAAAUAUUUGGGUUUAUAUAACAAAUUAUGUAGUCCAGAAUUUUUACUAGAUUUAUCAUUAAUGUGUGAUGUACUUUCUGAACUAUCUACCUUAUCAUUACAUCUUCAAAAACAAACAAUUACACUUUUAGAAGCUGACAGUAGUAUUAAAAGAACAAUACGAGUUAUAGAAUCUUUUAAAAAUAAUAGUGGUGAUCACAUGAGAACAGCUGACAUUGCAAAAAGGGAUAUGACUUUCAAAAAUAUAAAGUUAUCUCAUUUCUCAAAAAUAGUACCAAUUAAUAAAAAUCAAUUUAUUACUAGUAUAUGCAAUAAUUUAAAAGAACGAUUAUUAGAAAACGAAGAUGACUUCUAUUUAAUUCAAGAUAUUUCAAUAAUUGACAAAACCACUUGGCCUUCAAAUGUAGAUAUAAGGUACGGCGAAAAAGAAAUUAAACGUUUAUGUCAACGUUUCAUGUUGAACAAAGACAAUGCAAUUAAUGGUUUUAGGGUAUACUUGGAUAGUAAUGGUCUUCAAAAUACUAUUGUGGAACUGGUAAAUUGCAUCAAAACAUUUCCCUGUUCUACUGCAGAUUGUGAAAGAGGUUUUAGUCUUUUAAAUCUAAUAUGCACUGAUCUCAGAAAUAAGUUAACAGUAUCAAAUAUCGCAAACUUAAUGUUUUUAAAUAUAAACGGGCCACCUCUGAAUCAAUGGAAUCCAGAAGAAUAUGUUAAAUCAUGGCUAAUAAGCCAACAUAGAGAUGCUGAUGAUACUAGAACAAAGAUAUUGAAAACUGAUGAACCCAAUAUUGAAUACAAAAAAUCUUUGUGGAAUAUUCUAUAGGUUUUAUUGUUGU